UGAAUCUGUUGUUGAUUUUUCUUUUUCCUUCCCUUUUUAUUUUAAUUUUUAUGGGUUAGUUUUUUUUUUUUCUUCGUUUGAUUGAUUUGAAUCUGUACUGUUCUUGCUACGAUUGGGGGACUUUUGAUUUCUGGGGCUUGUCGAAUCGUUGGCUUUUAUUGUUUAUUUUGUUUGGUUGGUGAGAAAGUCUGGGAGAACGAGAGAAACUGAACUUGGAAUGUUGAAUAUCGAUUGGGGAUCUGGAGAACAAUUGAAAGGGAAGAUAAAAAGAAGAAAAAUUACGUCAAUUGAGCUUAAUGGGACUUAUGGUCUUGUGAAGGUCGGUGACCUUUCGAUGAUGGUAGUACUUUAUUUGGCUCUUGCUGCUUGCUUGAUGCUUGAUUAUGCUUUGUGAUUUUCUCCAAGGGUCCUUUUGAAGGUUUGAAUCAUGAAGAUAUCUAUGAGUUGUCUCUUUGGUUUUGUUGAUUGAUAUAUUAUUGGCAAUAUUUUCUGGUUUCUGAUUUACUCAUGAAGAUGCUUGUGAGGUGGUGUCUUUGGGAUUGGAAGUUACACCCAUAACCUAGAAAGUAGGAACCCGAACAUCGCGAGGGAGGAGAAAACAUGGGGGAGGCCGGCGUCACAACUUUGACCGUAGAGAAUUAUCCUCCAUCCACAUUUUUGUCAAUGGAUUCGGGUUCUUUAUCACAUGAUGAAUUGGAGAGAGAGAUGAACCGAUCAGCCCUCUUUUCUCAACCACCUGAUAUUAAUCUCCCAUUGUUCUCUGAGCCUUGUCCAACUCCACUGACUUGGAAUGACCCUUGUGACAUCUUGGAUGCUGGCCUUGGGAAUCAAAUUUAUGGGGCUGAGGCAGUUGUUAACAUCUCAAAAGUUGCACGAAAAUGUGCCAAGCGGAUUGAUAGCAUGUGGGGUGCGUGGUUCUUCUUUAGUUUCUACUUCAAGCCUGUUUUAAAUGACAAGUCCAAGUGUAAAAUAACUAGGGACAGCAAUGGUGUGUCUGGGUAUGAGAAAUCGAACUUGCAGCUUGAUGCUUUCUUGGUUCAGCAUGAUAUGGAGAACUUGUACAUGUGGGUUUUCAAGGAACGGCCUGACAAUGCACUGGGUAAGAUGCAGCUUAGGAGUUAUAUGAAUGGGCAUUCACGUCAAGGUGAGCGCCCAUUUCCAUAUAGUGUGGACAAGGGUUUUGUCCGUUCUCAUAGGAUGCAAAGGAAGCACUACAGGGGUCUUUCGAACCCUCAGUGUGUUCAUGGGAUUGAAGUUGUUCGGUCACCCAACUUCAUGAAUCUUGAUGAGGAGGAAAAGAAAAGGUGGAUGGGACUCACAGGGAGAGAUAUAAACUUCGGUAUCCCACAAGAAGCCAGUGAUUUUGGAUCUUGGAGGAAUAUUUCAAACGCUGAAUUCAUUGUUGAGCGGCCAGCCCUCCCAUUGACUGGCGUUAAUCAGCACGCAAGAAAAUUGCUGAAUGGUACUGCUUUGAAUUUAUCAACUCCACCACCAGACCACAUCAGCAGUGGUGAUGCAAUGGAUCUUUCCCCCGUCUCCCACAAACGGAAGGAUUCCUUUGCACAUUUUAACAAUGAUGAAUGUUUGCCUACUCUGCAUUCUGACAGAGGUCUGGACAUGAAAAUCCACCCAGUUGAGCCAGCUUGGGUAAACGAGUUUAGCGGCACAAUGAAGAAUAUUUGUGGGCCUGUUACUGCAUCAAAAACUAUAUAUGAAGACGAUGAAGGGUUCUUAAUUAUUGUUAGCUUACCCUUCGUGGAUAUACAUAGGGUUAAAGUUACUUGGAGGAACACUGACGCAAAUGGAAUUGUAAAGAUAUCUUGUGUUAGCACAGCCUGUGUGCCAUUUAUUAAGAGGCAUGAUAGGACAUUUAAGCUAACAGAUCCAGCGCCGGAGCACUGCCCUCGGGGGGAAUUUGUCAGGGAGAUUCCCCUUCCAAACCGCAUUCCAGGCGAUGCAAAACUCGAAGCAUAUGGGGAUGAGACAGGCACAAUGCUUGAGAUUAUUGUGCCCAAACUUCGCGUUGGAUCAGAAGAACAUGAGGUCCGCGUAUGCUUUCGCCAUUCUCCAUGGAGUUGAAGAACAUUCUUGACCUGAAACAGGCAUUGGUUUGAAGAUGUGAGUUUGGUUAUAAUAGACUUAUAGUGGUUGGUGCUUCACUGUUUACUAACAUGAUUCAGCAAAGGGAAUUUAUGAAAUUAUAUUGCAUUUUUUCUGUAUUAGAUACCCUUUUUUCUUACUUUUAUACUUUCAAUCUGUGGGUGGUAAUUUCUUC